AUGCUCAUUAACUUAAGGUUUGUGUCACCGUUUCCUUAUGCAUUAAUCGAGUUAUUUUCUUUGUCUCUCUCUCUCUCUCUCUCUAAUCAUUGGCUGUUGUUUGAUAUCCCCGGUGUGGCUGCGCUUGAUGUGCAUGUUGACAAGGUGCCUACCUGUCUAUUACCCACUACCUCGUCCAUACUGGCUCCAGGAGACAGUUGGUCGUUGCUGGAGGGGACGGGGUGCACGGUCCUUGUGGCCGUGUUAGGCUCGAAGAGUGGUUCCAUGCACUCAGUAUGGAGCGGACUACGGUCCAGCCACCGCCUUGUGUGC